AUGAAUGAUGAAUAAAUCAGACUGAAAAGGAUCCUGUUAAAGUAACCUUGUAUUAAUCCGCUAAAGAGUUUCAAUGAAUUUGCAUAAAUGUAAAAUCUGUACAAGAUUUAAGGAUAUUCAUCAUAUGUCUAAUAUGAACCUUUUCUAUUUGAGUACAACAAUUUAAUAUUAUAGUUGGUUCCAGACGAUUGCAACUUAAGAAGAUUUCAAAUUUUAUUUCUGUUGGUUUGAGUUUAUGCGAAUGAUCCAUUUAUUUAUUCAUAUUUAGCGAUUUGAUCUUAUCCAUUCCAUGAAAUACAUACUAUAAUAAUAAUAUUCUAAGUAAACAAUAAUAUCAUAUUAUUAGCUACAUCCCUCAUAAUCUUCAUAUUACAACACUUCAUUGCAAUUUUGCUCCCGAUAAUCAUUUAUUCUGGCUAAACCAUUGUAAACCCUUUAAUAUCAAUUGUGUAUUUUAAAUGGGAUUUAUUCAAAAAAGCAUUAAAUCACAAUUCAAUGCUUCAUUUAAAGGAUUAUAUAAAUUUCAAGAAAUAGAUGAAGUUUAAUAUAAAUAUAUUUAAAAUUAAAUUGAAUUAUCUUAUGAAGAAACGCAAGUAAUCAUAAAUCUGUAAAAGCAUUAUAUUAUUUCAACUUUAAAAACUAUUUCUGGAUGUCUUUGUAAAUUAGAAUUUGACAAAUUUUUGGGUUUUAAGAGUGAAAAAUUUAAGCUGAAGUUGAAAAUGGAUCGAAAUUUUAAUUGA